GAGGGCGGAGCGGCGGGCGGGGCCGCGCAGACUGUCUCCCGCCGCCGCCGCUGCCGGACCGCAGAGCCCGGGGAGGCUGGGCCGACGGCUGCGGGCCGAGUGGACGCGGGGUCGCGGAGCGGAGGGCGUCCCGGCGGGACGUGGGUCGCGUCGGGGUCCGUGGAGAGCACCUGGCCGGCAGGGUGAGGUGCCCUUUCCUGGAUGCACACGGUGUGGCCUGAGUGUGGAGAUAGUUACGGCUGUCUGCGCCCGGGACCCGCCAUGGCUGGGUUGCUGAAGAGGAAGUUUGACCAGUUGGAAGAGGAUGACUCCUCACUCUGCUCGUCUUCGUCUUCGUCCUCCUCGGGCCACCACUCUGGCUCCUGCUCCCCAAGCUCUUCGGUCUCCCCAGCCUGGGACCUGGAAGAGGAGGGCCCCUGGGAUCAGAUGUCCCCGCCUGACCGGAACGUCUGUGGCCCCCAAAGUUUUACCCCCUCGUCCAUCCUGAAGCGGGCUCCCCGGAAGCGCCCAGGCCGCGUAGCCUUCAAUGGCACCACCGUCUUCUACUUCCCUCGGUGCCAGGGCUUCACCAGCGUGCCCAGCCGCGGUGGCUGCACUCUGGGUAUGGCCCCUCGCCACAGUGCCUGCCGCCGCUUCUCCUUGGCCGGGUUUGCCCAGGAGCAGGCCCGGGCACGGCGAGAGAAGCUCCGCCUGCGCCUGAAGGAGGAGAAGCUGGAGGUGCUGCGGUCGAAGCUGACAGAGGCUGGGGUACCUGAGGCGGAGGCCGGCCUGACACUGACAGUGGAUGCCAUUGAUGAUGCCUCUGUGGAUGAGGAGUUGGCAGAGGCCAUGGCAGGUGGCCGGUUGGAGGAAAUGACCUCCCUGCACCCCUACCCAGCCCGGAAGCGGCGGGCCCUGCUGCGGGCUGCAGGCGUGCGGAAGAUCGACCGGGAGGAGAAGCGGGAGCUGCAGGCGCUGCGCCAAUCCCGGGAGGACUGUGGCUGUCGCUGCGACAGGGUCUGUGACCCUGAGACCUGCAGCUGCAGCCUGGCGGGCAUCAAGUGCCAGAUGGACCACACAGCGUUCCCCUGUGGCUGCUGCAAGGAGGGCUGCGAGAACCCCAAGGGCCGCGUGGAAUUUAAUCAGGCGCGGGUUCAGACCCAUUUGCUCCACACGCUCACCCGCCUGCAGCUGGAGCAGGGGGCUGAGAGCCUCGGGGAGCUGGAGGCCCCUUCCCUGGGCAGUCCACCCAGCCCCGGUGGGCAGAUCCUGACCCCCGCUUUCCCACUGGCCAACCCGCCCGUGAGCAGCGAGCUGGGAGACCACAGCUGCAGCAGCGACAUGACGGAUUCCUCAGCAGCAUCGGGCACUAGCGAGCCCCCCGACAGUCCUGCCCAUCCAGCCCUGCCUGACCCUGGCUCCCAGCCUGGCAUGGACGACGACAGCCUGGAGCAGAUCCUGAGAUUCAGUGACUCAGACGCGGGUGGAGAGGAGGAGGAAGAAGCGGGCGUGGGGAACCUCGACAACCUUAGCUGCUUCCACCUGGCUGAUAUCUUUGGUUCUGGUGACCCCGGUGGCCUGGCCGGCUGGACCCACAGCUGUUCCAAUACCAGCUUCACAUCGGGCAUCCUGGAUGAAAAUGCCAACCUGGAUGCCAGCUGCUUCCUAAACAGUGACCUUGAAGGGCUGGGAGAAGGCAGCCUCCCUGGCACCGAGGUGCCGCCCAGCGUGGACGCCGGCCAGAGCAGCUCAGUGGACCUCAGCUGGUCUUCCUGCGACUCCUUUGAGCUGCUCCAGGCCCUGCCAGACUACAGUCUGGGGCCCCACUACACCUCUCGGAAGGUGUCUGACGCCCUGGACAACUUGGAGGCGCCCCACUUUCCCUCACCUGCCUUUUCCCCGCCUGGGGACACCGGCGUUUGCUUCCUGGAAUCCAUCAUGGGCUUGUCUGAGCCGGCUGCCGAGGACACUGGCUUCCUUCUGGGACUGCCGGUUGUGUGAGGACACUGCCCUGGCGUCCCUGCUGGAGCCCGUGCCUGUGCGAGGACUAGGGUGCCUUUUCCCGG